AAAGGAUUAGCUGAAGUGUAAGGGAGUAAGAGGCGAUGGCGCAACAGGAGAACUGUGUCAGAGUGACAAGGGCGGCCUCCAAGAAGCGGCCUGCCGAGUCGGCGGGGUUAAUAGAGGAGAGAGUGGUGACCAAAAAAAGAGUUGUUUUGGGGGAGCUUUCCAACUUGCCUAACGCUGUUGUCUCGGGGAAGGAAAACCAGAAGAAGCAGCUUGAAGGGAAGCUGAAGGCAAAGACGGGAGUUGUAAAGCCGGCUUCGAAGGUGAGCAAAGAAGAAUCUGAACAUGAUAAACAGGCUGAUAUUGAUGCUAAAUCUGAUGAUCUACAAAUGUGUGGCCAUUACGUGUCUGAUAUAUUCCAAUAUCUUCGCCAAAUGGAGGUGGAUCCAAAGAGAAGACCUUUACCUGAUUAUAUUGAGAAUGUGCAGAAGGAUGUUAGUACAAAUAUGAGAGGGAUUCUGGUGGAUUGGUUGGUGGGAGUUGUAGAGGAAUACAAGCUCAUUUCAGAUACUCUGUAUAUAGCGGUUUCUUACAUUGAUAGAUACCUAUCUUUAAAUGCUCUCAAUAGGCAAAAGCUUCAACUUCUGGAUGUAUCUUCAAUGCUGAUUGCCUCGUAA